AUGGCGUUGCAAAAAGCGAACAAAUUGGCAGAUUUGAUCAUGCAAGAGCCGCAUCGAUUUGCUCUACAUGGUGACCCACAAUUAGCGUCUAGUGGUUUGGAGGCAUUGAAAGCAUUGUUUGAUUUUUCGUUAGAAACGGAAAAUCUUGCAAUUCCACCUAUUGCUGCUACUUUGCAUUCAACGUUUCCCGAUGAUGAAGUUGUGGAUGAAUCAACAAAGGCCGGAUCAAAGAGAAAAAGAAAGAAUGCGAAAAAGAACACGAACGUUCAUCGUCUUUUCGAACAAACACCUUUGACCGAAUUAUCUGUUGAUGGGAUGUCAGCAGGACAGGUAUGGGAUCAAAUGGAAUUGCGAAAUGCAAAAGUUUCAACUUUAUUGGAUGCUAUCAUUGUUACUGAACAGCCAGAAGACGAAGAUGCCGAUGAAGAAGAUGAAGAUGACGAAGAAGAGAUGGAAGGAUGGGGUAAGAGUGCAGAUGGCGUUGCGAAGGAUGAAGUGAUGAGCAAGAAGGACAAUAAGCGAGCCAAACUUGAUCAAAGCGAAGAAGAUGAAGAGGAGAUUGUAAACAAUCUAGACAAGCUUACCGAUGCGGAAUUAAGAUCGAUCGGAAUCGAUCCUUCACAGAGACAAGAUUUUGAAAGUGCAAUCAAAGAGGGCCAAUUCGAUGAUUCAGAAGAUGAGGAAGAGUCCGAUGAUGAUGCUCAUGGAUAUCCUGGUGCCUCAGAUUUGAGCGAUGACGACGAAUUGUCCGGAGUCAUUCUCACAGAGCCUCUUCUAAGCGAGGCAGAACAACAGAAACGCAAAGCAGAGAUUGAAGCAAGAGAACAGCGUCAAAUGCGAAGUCAAAGGCAGUUCGCCAAAAUGAUGAAGAGGAUGCAAGGGGGCCCAGAGGAAGACGAUAGCGAUGAUGAAGAGGAGGAGGAAGAAGAAGAUGAAGAAGACGACGACGAUGAAGAUCAAGAUUACAACGGAAGUGAUGAAGAGGAAGAGGAGGAAGAGAGACGAAAGAGAUCAAUCCUAGAUAAUCUUGAUGAGGAAGGCGAAAGCUCAUCGACCUCAAACGCAAAGAAGGUCAAGCGAAAUGCAGAAUUGGAUGACGACUUUUUCUCCAUCGAUCAAUUCAACAAAGAGACAGAUGAUUAUGGUGAUGAAGGCGUCGACUUGGGUGAGGAAAUUGACUUGUUCAAAAGUGUCGACGAACCCGAGGAUGAUGACGAGGACGAAGAGGGAGAAGGAUCUGGACAAGUAUACUACAAGGAUUUCUUUGGUCCACCGCCAUUCAAAUCGGACACAGGGAAAGAAAAGCCAUCAUUCAAGAAAUCACCUGCAAAACCACCCGCUGCUGUUGAAAAGGCACCGAAGCGAGUACCUUCUGUGCGUUUCAACGAUGAAGUCUCUGUUCUGCGUAUCAAAGCAAGAAAAGCCAAAGAGACGCAAAUCACACCAGAGUUACUUCAAAUGCUCCAACAAUAUCCCGAUCCCGAUAGUGCUGAUUUCGAGGAUGAGGGAGAUGAGAAGGAGAGUGAUGAAGAGGACUUCGAAGAAGGCGAUAGCGAGGAUGAUGGAGAAGAGGAUGGUAUGGAAGAAGAUGAAGAAAGCGGAGAGGAAGUAGAUGAGGAGGAAGACGAGGAGGACGAGGUAGAUGAAGAUAUUAUGGAAGCAGAUUCUGAUGCAGGCGAACAAAUGCAUGCAAAUGGAGUUGAAGAAGACGCACUCUUGGAUUCGGAUGCUGAACAAGAGACAGCUGAACGAGUUGCUGGAGACCUGUUCGCAGACGAAGAGGAAGAUCCCGAAGAUGAUGCUGCUGCAGGCAUAUCGAGUCAUCAGCGACGUCUGAAUGCCUUGCAAGAAGAAAUCGCACGACUUGAGAGAGAAAAUGUAGGCAAAAAAGACUGGACAUUGAUGGGAGAAGCUGGCUCCCGCGCAAGACCAGAGAAUAGCUUGUUGGAAGAAGAUGUUGAUUUUGAAAGCAACCGUAAAUCAAAGCCGGUGAACACACCCGAAACGACAAAGUCUAUUGAAGAUUUGAUCAAAAGUCGCAUCUUAGAAAACAAUUUUGAUGACGUUCAACGCAGGGCAACACUGCAGCCGUUGGAUUUCAUGCCUAGCAAGAUGCUAGAGCUCAGUGAUCAAAAGAGUUCCAGAAGUUUGGAUCAAGUGUACGAAGAUGAUUUCGGUGGCGUGGGUGACGCUCAAGGACAAAAGCUUGACAAGGAAUUACAAAAAGAGCACGAAGAGAUCGAUCAGCUUUACGAGAAUUUGGAAUCCCAACUUGACGCUUUGAGCAAUGCUCACUUUACACCCAAAGCUCCCAAAGUUUCCAUUCAAACGAUCAACAAUGCUCCAACAAUCUCCAUGGAAGAAAGUCUACCGACGACCAUGUCUAAUGGUACACAAUUGGCACCAGAAGAGGUGUAUGCUGCAGGAGCACAUAAUGAAGCUCUGGAAGGCGCUUCAUCUGAAUUGACACCAGAAGAGAAACGCAGAAGACAUCGUCAACUUCGUGAUGAGAAGCGUUCAAAGAACGAACGUAUUGCCGAACACAAGAAAACCGUUGAAAUCAAUCGUGAAGCAUUUGGACAAAACAGAGGUGGCCGAUUCGCCGGAAAGAGUGGUGGCGGAAAGCAAAAUGGAAAGAAGGCAAGUGAAGAAAAAGAAGAAGCUUUACGAAAGCUUAUGGGCAACAAAGGUGUUUCCGUUGUUGGAAAAGGUGAUUCUAAUAACGCCAAAAAGGCUCGAUCUAAUCAAUCGAACGGCCAAGCAGCCAACGCUGCCAAUUACAAACUCUAA